UCCGGGUCGCAAGCGGAAGUGGGCGAAUUUGAAUUCUGCGAGCCGUUGGAUGGGGCUGCGCCCGGUGGGCGUACGGCAGCGCAGCACUGGACGCGGGCGGUCACACAGAGGCCCUGGGACUUCUGCUCGGCGCCUGUAAAAUGAAUGAAAAUAAACAGGAUAACUCAAAAAAUCUUGCUUGUAUCUUCUGUCGAAAAAAUGAUGAUUGUCCCAAUAAAUACGGAGAAAAGAAAACUUAUGAGAAAUGGAAUUUCAGUGUCCAUUACUACUGUUUGUUAAUGUCAAGUGGAAUUUGGCAGAGAGGGAAAGAAGAAGAAGGAGUUUAUGGCUUUCUAGUGGAAGACAUCAGGAAGGAAGUCAAUAGAGCUUCUAAACUGAAGUGUACAGUUUGCAAGAAAAAUGGUGCUUCAAUUGGAUGUGUUGUACCCCAAUGUAAACGAAGUUAUCACUUGCCCUGUGGACUUCAGAAAGAAUGUAUUUUCCAGUUUACUGGCAAUUUUGCGUCAUUUUGCUGGAAACAUCGACCGGUUCAAGUAAUUACAUCUAAUAAGUACCGAGACACUUUUCAAUGUACCAUCUGUUUGGAAUAUAUUGAGCCUAUUCCAACUUACAACAUAUUGCUGAGUCCCUGUUGUAAGAAUGCUUGGUUUCACCGAGACUGUUUACAGGUUCAAGCAAUAAAUGCAGGAGUGUAUUUCUUUAGGUGUACACUAUGCAAUAAUACCGAUAUCUUUCAGAAAGAGAUGUUGAGAAUGGGAAUUCAUAUUCCUGAAAAGGAUGCAUCUUGGGAAUUAGAAGAAAAUGCCUAUCAAGAGCUGUUGCAGAGCCAUGACCGCUGCGAUGUUCGAAGAUGUCAUUGCAAAAAAGGGCGAGACUAUAAUGAACCCAAUAGCAAAUGGGAAGUAAAGCGCUGUCAGUGUUGUGGUUCUAGUGGAACACACUUAGCCUGUUCUACACUACAGUCACUGGAACAAAACUGGGAGUGUUUGGACUGUAGAAGAAUCACCUACAAUUCAGAUUUCCGAAAGGCCCCCAAACACCCGUUAGCCAACUCUACUAAUGUGACAGUUACUGAUUGCCUGUUGGAAGAGUCAUCACCUAAGCUCCCCAGACAGUCAGCUGGAGCCCAGCAUAAAGAAUUGCUGAGACUAAAGCAAGAAGUUCAAUUAUCAAGCACACCGUGUCCCUCUAUAAAAGAGUCCUGUUUAACACAAAGGCAAGGCAGCAAAUUUAGGAGAGACAUUUCAACAAUAUUGCUAGAGUUAGGAUUCCAAAUUAAAAAGAAGGCUAAGAGAUUACAUAUCAACAAAGCCAAUGUGUGGAGGAGUACCUUAGAGCAGUUCCAGAGUCAGAAGUUUAACCCUUCAUACACCAUUGAAGUAAUGUAUGUUAGUGAAAAUGAUAACUUGGGAAGAGAGCAUCCUGGAUCAAAGCAGGAAUUUCUGAGCCACUUAAUGCAAUAUCUUGAGACUUCAUCUCUGUUUGAAGGGUCUUUGUCAAAGAACUUGACUCUAAAUUCUCAAGCUCUAAAAGAGAACCUUUACUAUGAAGCUGGAAAAAUGGUUGCCAUUUCUUUAGUUCAUGGUGGUACUUCACCUGGUUUCUUUUCUGAAACUUUGUUUAACUGUCUUGCUUAUGGACCUGAAAAUACUCUACCAAGUUUGGCUGAUGUUUUAGACUUUGAUGUGGCACAAAUUAUAAUCAAGAUAAAUACUGCAGCCACUAUAAACAGUUUGAAGUCAGUAGUAAAUGAAUGCUCAAGUUACCUGGAGUUUAUUGGAUGUUUAAGACUUAUAACAUCACUAAAUGAUAAAUACACAUUGGUAAAAGACAUCCUUUUCUACCAUGUAAUUCAGAGAGUCCAAAUACCCCUUGAGAGUUUUAAACAGGGUCUGAAAACGCUUGGUGUCUUAGAGAAAAUUCAAACUUAUCCAGAAGUCUUUUAUAACAUACUGUGUCGUAAACCUGAGACUCUCUCUGCAAAAAGCCUCAGUGAUCUUUUCACAGUCCAUGGAUUACCAGAUGUACAAACUUUGAGGUUUUGGAAGAGUUACUUACAGGCUGUCGAGGAUGGUACAUCUGCAACGACAAUGGAAGACAUUCUUGUGUUUACAACUGGAUGUAGAUCCGUUCCACCUGCUGGAUUUAAACCCCCUCCUUCAAUUGAAUGUCUGCAUAUGGAUUUUCCUGUUGGAAACAAAUGUAGUAACAGUUUAGCUCUACCAAUCAUCAACACAUAUAAAAAGUUUCAAGAAAAUAUGGAUUUGACAAUAAAAGACACUCUAAGACUAGAAAAGGAAGAAGGGUCUCCCUCACUACCUUGGACAUUAAAUGUUUCUUCUAAUGAGGAAAUGCUUCUUUAAAGGCUGCUAUUCAUAACUUUAUUUCUAUUAAUUACCACUUUGAACAUUCUGACCAACUUCUUGGCUCAAUAAAAUUUAUGACUCUCUUAUAAAGGGAUGUUUUGACUUUUGAA